AAAAAUUUUUUAAUACAAUUAUGAGAUAAUAAAAUUUUAUUUGAACGAUUAACUUUUAAAAUGAGAACCACUGUUGUCGACCCGAACAUAGGAACGAGACUUGGCUUAACGUCUCUUUUGUAUCGUUCCGUUGAGUGAAAUGACGAAAGGUACGUCGAGUUUUGGUAAGCGGAGGAACAAGACACACACAUUGUGCAGACGAUGUGGCCGUAGUUCCUACCACAUUCAGAAGUCACAAUGCGCUCAGUGUGGAUAUCCACAGAAAAAAAUGCGAUCUUAUAAUUGGUCGAUAAAAGCUAAGAGGAGGAAAACCACUGGCACUGGUCGUAUGCGUUACUUGAAAAUUGUUCGCAGGAAAUUCAAAAAUGGAUUCAGAGAAGGUUUGCCAAAGCCUAAAACAGUUCAAUCCAAGUAAUCUUACACUUUGUCAUUCUGUUAUAUAUCUAUAUAAUUUUGACUAUCAAUAAAAUAAUUUGAAAAGUCCAAAAAAA